GAUUAUUUCUCUGACUGAUUUUCUGCAACAACAAUAAAAAGUUUUGUUUUUAAAGUUGAUGUUUCUCUUUGUUCCAAAGAUGAACAAUUAUGAGUUUAAAAGUACAUGUAUCUGUACAAAAAAUAUCCAGUAUAACCCAGUUCGACAUGUACCAAACAAGCACAGCAAUGUUUACUACAAGAACACAUGAAGUAUGCUGUAUGAUUAACUGAGCAUGCAAUUCAACAAUGUGUAGCACAACUUUAAAAAAUGACACCAAAUUAUUAAUAACACUAGUAAUUUAGAUCGAUAUUACCAGAUUGUGGAGCCACUUGAUUAUCAAGAAAACAGCCAAAUAGUUCAGUCUCAGUUAUUGGUCAUACAUUAAAAUAAUAGAAGAAGUCAUAAGUCAGAAGCAGCAAGAUGCUAGCGCUGCGUUUAUAAAUGCAGACAACUUCUCUUCUAUAUAGAAGUUUAUUAACAAAACAAUUCAACCUCACAGCUAGACAGUUUAUUCAACAAACUCGCUAAGCUAGUAACACACAGCUAAUACCACUAAGAGUAAAAACAGUAAAAAUAUAAAAAUGGAACCAUCAAAAAUGAUUCAACUGUACUUGCACAGCAAGUAGGAAUUUAAAAGCUCAAGACAAAAUGUAAAAAUGUAUUUAGUAGAUGUGAGACUGGAAAUUACUGAUGCCAGCUGAUAAACUCAAGUGCAACCAGUUUCAUAAAAACACAGUGAAGUUUGGGAGGCCAAGAUGAAACAGCGUGGAGACGUUCGAGGGAACUUUGUUUGUUUCCAAAUCCGAGCUUCUUGAGUUUCCUGUUAGAUAUUUGGAUUUAUUAGAACGUCUCUUUCAUUGGUUUUGGUUUAUCUGUUCUAGUCUUGUUUUCAAACUGGUUUCCACAUAACAGUCAGACCACAGUAACCAAAGAUCACCACCAUGCUCCUCCAAACAAUCCAAUUAAUUGUCAAGAAGACAUUUUUAGUUGGAGUAUGAUUAAGAUAAAGAGCCAUGUGAAAAGCCCUCUAACCCCAGUCUGUGUUUUCAGUAUGUAGAAUCAGCUUAUUCUUCUUGUCUUCUGGCUUUUUUUUUAAAUUGAAAAAUCACAAAUGAGGAGGCUAUUGAUCUUCUGAUUUAUCUCUACCUUAGCUACAGCAGAUUGCUGAUUUAAGCCGCAAUAAAGGGAGGGCAAAUAAAAAAGGCAUGAGCCGUCAUACUCUUUGAAGAGCCGUCUUUGGUCUCGUUUUGAAGCUCCUGCCAUUAGAGGAAACAAGGGGAGAAGGAAAAAAAAAAGAGCUCUUCAAGCAGCGAGAAGGGAGAUGCUCAGCCUCUGUCCUGAGCUAAAUUUGGCCUUCGAGUAUCUAUGUCGAUUGCAAGGAGUCACUAGAACAUCUCCACAGGCAUUCAAGGGCACAAACAUUCUUGAAGAGAUGCAAAUGAACUCUGGCGCUCCAGCACACAGAGCGCAUGCAUGUGCGCAAACUGCCUCACACAGAAGGGGAAGAUAAGAGCCGGUGUAUUCCCUCAGAGAUGAGCAGCCUCAGCGCUCCUUCUGUUGAUGCUCAUGAAGUUUAAUACAAACAGCCAGCUCCCAUUGCCUGGCACUCUGGUUCUGUGUGGGCAUUGUACGUCUCCUCUUCCUUAAAAUGUGUCAUUUUAUACAAAGUAGUUAGAAAUGUAAAAAUGAUGCAUGCUUUUUUGGUUGUAGAACCAAGUGUUUUGGGUUACGUCUGUACCUGCAUUAGCCAAUUCAAUUUUCAAGUCUUAGGAAAGAUUCUUUCUUGAAAUUAAUUGUGCACUUUGGACCAUUCCAACACACAGAUUUGAUUUGAUUGAAACAAUUACACUGUAACCCUUGCCCCAAGUUUGCAGGAUAUUACGUUUCUUCUUCAUUCCUUGCUCUGUAUUUAGCACUGUCCACAUUUCUAUUAAUUUGGAUCAGAUUUCCUGUCUCUACUGCAGAAAAGCUUCCCCACAGCAUGACGAUGGCACCACUAUGGCUCACUGUGGGUGUUGUUUACAAGCUCCACUCAGAACGACCCGUCGGCUACCGUGGGAAAAGUGCGAGACUUGGCUUCCUUCCGACGGCACUUCCGGAUGGGCUUCAUGACCAUGCCGGCGUCCCAGGACCUGUCCCCUCACACCUGUGCCUCGGCUAUGGCGCCCCGCUCGCAGUCCUGCCACGCUGUUGGUGCGGGGGAUAUGAGCCUCGAGAACGGAGAUUACUCUGACACCCAGUCGCAGCACGGCGGCCGCUGCCCCCCGGCCAAACCCAAACGCCAUCCGAGUACCCGCCUGAGCUCCUCGUCUGCUGAUAGCAGAGGACCUCCUGAGACCCCGCCACCCUCUUCAAGCUCCCACUCACAGGGAAAACAUUCAGAGAAGAAAAAUUCAAUGAAGAAGUCCGACUCUGGGGAGAUUGGAGCAAAGAAGGUGCCUCCUUUGAAACCCAAAAGGAGUCCCAGUACCCAGCUCACCUUUGACCCCCUUCCUCCACGUGUGCCUCCUUCUGCCACCCCCUUGCCCUUCCAGGCAGCAGACUCUCAGAUUCAGACAGGAGAUGGAGAGGAUGAGCCAGUCUAUAUAGAGAUGGUGGGCCAAGUGUUCACCAGAGAGAGCCAGACCGCCACGCCCCACCCCGUCACUCCCGUGGCCACCACGCCCGACUCUGACUCAGACCAGAGUGAGGCAAUCUACGAGGAGAUGAAAUACCCUCAUCAGGAGGACAGAGAGUCCCAGAGGCACCUCCCGCCAAAGCAUGAGAAGCUUAAAGCCUCAAAGCACUACCACGUCACCACCUCGUCCUCCAGUAGUUCUUCUCUCCCUCGCCCUUCAUCUUCUUCUCCGUCCUACUCCAAACCCAAAGCUACGGUGUCCAUCUCCCAUUCUUCUCCGCUGCCUUCCUCUGCAUCCUCCACUCCUGUACCCCAGGUCCUGUCCACCAGUCCCCACACACCACGAGCUCCAACUCCUUAUCUGUUGCAAGGAGGUAAAUCCGAAUCCGAGUCCAACACGAAGAUCCCGGCACCGUUCCCCAAUCUCCUGCAGCAUCGGCCCCCACUGCUUGCCUUUCCUCAGCCUGCAGCUGCCUCCAGCGGCGUUGGGGUUCAAAACAAGACGUCCACCUCUGCUAAAACUCAAACAUCCACUGCGACAGCUCAAGCCAGCACCUCCUCAUCGGCUUCUUCUAAUGUUUCCACCUCCCUGUCAGGGUCCAAGGAAUCAUCAGGUGGCACGUCACAGCAGGACAAAUACAGCCGAGACUCCCAGUUAGGCCCUGCUCCCGGACUGAGAGCCAGGAGUCACUCCACACCGCUACCUCCUUCCUCCAAAUCCACUUCCCCUUUCUCCCAUCACCACCACCAUCCUCACCAUCGCCCCUCGCACUAUCAUCACUACCGCAAGCCAGACAGAGGAGACUCCCCUGCUCCGACCAAGAGCAGCUCUCAGUCAUCCAACCAGGCAACCGUCCAGACGCAAACCUCAAGUACGGGCAAGGAGGGCAAGAGUGUGAGCUUCCUUCUAAAGUCUGACAAAGGAGAGUGGGAUAAAGACCGGGACAGAGGUAGAGACAGGGACAAGGAGCGAGAUAGAGACAAGGACAAGGACAGGGACAGAGACAAGGAUAAGGACAGAGAGCGAGACCGAGAAAGAGACAGAGAUAGAGAUAGGGAAGGAGGGCCACACUCAUUACCGAUAGAGAGCAUUACCACCACUAGCAGCCAAACACCUCAAAGCAGCACCAGCUCCACUCCUACGCCACUAUCCUCUUCCCAGCGUCCUCAUUCUCGCCCACACCUCCGCUCUCACACACCCCACGGUCUGCCAGCAUACAAGCCGCCCUCCUCGGACAGCCCGCUGCUGUGGACGUACCCGUCCAGUGGCUUCCGGAGACCACCAGCCUAUGAGAGCUUGAGAGCCAGCUCCCAGACGCCGUCUCUACAACAGCCUUCAAGUCUCACUGGUGUGGGCGAGGGGGUGUCCAAGAGCAACAGCGGGUCCUCAUCGCAGUCAAAAGUUGGCUUCAUGCCUUGGGACAGCAGCGCCAGCUUAGCUGCGGACGACGGGUCUUACUGGCCCAUGCAGAGGAAGCUGUCCUUUAGCCAUGGGAGCAGAGAGGCAGAGAAGGACGAAGGGCGGGCCUGGAACGGCAGUGCUGAUGCACUGUUGAGGAUGGACAAGGAGGAUCUCGGUUUGGGCUCUCGAGGCGGCCAGUCAGGCAUCCCAGUUCACUUUAGUGGUGCCACCAGCAGGGCUCUGGGUCACUGCGAGUCGUUAGCUGGUGUGGACAGCAGCCCGGGAUUCAGAGCGCUGCCCAGAGGAGGACUUCCUCUUCCCUGCCAGACCUUCCCUGCCUGUCGUAACGGAGAAGUGGGGCGGCUGGGCCGCUCCUCCUCUGCUGCUGGAGUCAGACAGGUGGGUGGAGGAGAUGUCCACAGACAGAGCAGUCUACCAGUACGAGAAGCCCUAAAUCAGCUGCACGGUGUGGCCCCGGCUCAGGCUCCUUGCAGCCCCAGCGGCCCCGGCGUGUCCCGGCAGCAGCAGCAGCUUCAGCUCCACCAGCAGCAGCUGCAGCUCAAGCAGCAGCUCCAGCAGCUUCAGCAACAGCACCACCUACAGUUGCAGUUCCAGCAGCUUGCCCAGCUGGCACAGGGACAGCCUCCCGCUGGCGGGGGCACCAUGUCGUCUACGUCGCAGACGCAGAGGGACGGCAAGCUGCUUGAAGUCAUCGAGCGUAAGCGCUGCCUGUGCAAGGAGAUUAAGGCACACAGACGGCCCGACAAAAGCCUGUGCAAGCAGGACAGCAUGCCCAUCCUCCCUAGCUGGAGACGGACACCUGAGCCUCGUAAGACUGGCACGCCACCCUGUCAGAGGCCGCAGGCCGUCGUGUGGGACACGGCUAUCUGACCCCAGGAGAAGCGGAUUACAUAAUAUCAUCUUUCAAAUGGUCUGGGGAGAGAAAUUACUUUAAGGAAGACAGAUUGCAUAUCAAAUGCAAACUUUGCUAUUAUUGUAAUAGGGACUGGUUAGUUGAACUUUGACUACAAAAGAGGUGAAGAAAUGUAGUUACAAUCAGACUAAGUUAAUUUCUUACCCGGCUGAUUUGUAUUUUCUCUGUACUACGUACUGCACUGAUGUGUUCUGAUUGCCAACAAGUUAUUUUUUUGCCACUAAAAACACCACUUAUUAUUGCUAAUACAGAGUGGGUUGUUUUCCUAGAUUGGUGUUGCCAAAUAUCCUCCUGACUACUUGAGACACAAGGGAAUCAUGUACUUUCUUCAACAAAGCAUCGAAACUACUCUGCAGAGGAGAGCAGACGAGACUCGUAGAUAAGUUAUCGAAGUGUUUCUUGAAAAUCGUGAAUGUAUAUGAGAUGUCUUGGUAUCAAUAGAUUGUCAUUGUGGAUGCAAAUAAUCAUCACCGAGAAGUAAAAGCUACCUACUGUGUCCGUUUGCAUAUUUGUAAUGUAAAUCUAUUUACUUUCUCGACCUUUCUGCAAUUUUACAGCAAUACGCUCUGAAAAAAAAACAAACUCUUGAGCAACAUAUUAAAAAAUAAUAAUAAUAAAUCUUGUGUCAGCUAGCUUAACAUACAUAUCUGAGACUUGAAGAAGUCAUAUUUACUGUGUCAUACUCUGCAUGUCACCAAUAGACAAGCAGUGCUGUAACCGUAAGACAAAAAAAAAAAAAAAAAAAAAAGAGAGAGAGAAAACAAGGAUCCUGUCCGACAGAUCUUAACUAUAUGGUCCUGUGUGGUUGUAGGAAAAAGAUGAAUCCACUGCGUAGGACGAGUCUGGGGCUGGGUUAGUCCAGCCGAGUGUAGUCAGAUUCAGAUCAGCGGUACACAAAACUCCAGUCAUCACUCAUGCUUUUUAACGCAGUUGCACAUUAGCGUCCGUUCCACCGAGCACUUGACACCCAUCAGCUCAAAGACUGCGCAACACGAUGCAGCUGAUGAGACUGUGAGCAUCGAUCACCUCAACCCGAAUGCUGGAACAAUCUGCACAAAGCAUCGCUUAGAGGAGAAAUUCAGAACCCUGAUGUACUGUAAAUAGACAUGUACAAGUGUAUUGAAAAUGUAGCAAUUAUCUCCAUUUUCAUACUUGUAAUCAAUACAUAUUAUGUAGCAUAGACUGUAUAAACAUAACUUUGUUCACUUAUUUUUUUGUUUGUUUGUUUUUUUUUACUAAGAGAAUUAAGUACCUGAUGCAGAAAGCCCAUGCAUUACUUAUUGUUCGACUUAUAAACAAUGAGCCCUCUGGAGAGAAAAAAACAAAACAAA